UCAUUUGCAUGGCCGCAUAGCAGUAUUUCAAAAUGAUCACACCCUUGUCCAAUUUGAGUCUUUCCCUCAUCUCUUACAUUCUCUCCCUCCAACAUCCCUGCAAGUAAUCUCUCUCUCUCUCUUUCUCAUCUCUUGCAUUACUUUUCUUCCAACAUUUUCUUAUCAAGACGUACAAGUCCUAUAGUCUCCCCUGCUUUCUUAAAUAUUUUCUGGCAUGGCUGUGGCAGAGCUUUCUCCUUGUUAUCAAACUCAAAUUGUUAAACCUCCCCAUCUUUCGUGGUUGUCGAAUAACCAUAAAUUGAAUCUUCUAGGGCUUCCUAAAGCAUCAAGGAUUACCGAGAUUUGUUGCUCUCUUGCUCCCAAUCAAGUUCAAACUCCGGUUGCUGUUCCUACUGGUGCCCAGAGCAUCAAGCCUGAAUGCUAUGGAGUUUUCUGCUGGACUUACGAUUUGAAAAAGGAGGAGGAGACCAGAUCAUGGAAGAAAAUGAUCACAAUUGCCAUUUCAGGUGCAGCUGGGACAAUAUCAAACCAUUUGCUAUUCAAACUUGCUUCUGGUGUGGUAUUCGGACCAGAUCAACCAAUUGCUUUGAAAUUACUAGGAUCUGAAAAGUCAUUUCAUGCUCUAGAAGGAGUAGCAAUGGAACUUGAGGACUCAUUAUAUCCAUUGCUAAGGGAAGUUAGCAUUGGCAUUGAUCCUUAUGAGGUAUUCGAAGAUGCUGAAUGGGCCCUUCUAAUUGGAGCCAAGCCUCGUGGGCCUGGUAUGGAACGAGCUGACUUGUUGGACAUUAAUGGAAAGAUUUAUGCUGAGCAAGGAAAAGCACUCAAUGCUGUAGCAUCACCUAAUGUCAAAGUUAUUGUGGUUGGAAAUCCCUGCAACACCAAUGCACUAAUCUGCUUGAAAAAUGCUCCAAAUAUACCCGCAAAGAAUUUUCAUGCCUUGACUAGAUUAGAUGAAAACCGAGCUAAAUGUCAGCUGGCACUAAAAGCUGGUGUGUUCUAUGACAAGGUAUCUAAUGUGACCAUUUGGGGAAACCACUCAACCACUCAGGUUCCAGAUUUUCUAAAUGCCCAAAUUGGUGGGGUUCCUGUCAAAGAAGUUAUAAAGGACCAGAAGUGGUUAGAAGAGGAGUUUACUGAGAAAGUUCGGAAGAGAGGUGGAGUGCUAAUUCAGAAAUGGGGUAGAUCUUCUGCUGCGUCAACUGCUGUAUCAAUUGUUGACGCUAUAAAAUCCCUUAUAACCCCAACUCCACCCGGUGACUGGUUUUCUUCUGGGGUUUAUACCAAUGGAAAUCCUUAUGGUAUAGCUGAGGAUCUUAUUUAUAGUAUGCCUUGCAGAUCAAAGGGAGAUGGUGAUUAUGAGCUUGUCAAGGAUGUGAUAUUUGAUGAUUAUCUUCGUAAGAGAAUAAAAACGUCUGAAGAGGAAUUAUUGGCUGAAAAGCGAUGCACAGCACACCUUACUGGAGAGGGUAUUGCUGUUUGUGAUCUUCCAGCAGGAGACACGAUGCUUCCUGGAGAAAUGUAGAUUUAGUAUAAACUGAGAUCCAACUGCCCAUUCUGGGAAUUUCUUUCAUGUAAUCAUCUCAUAUUUAAAGCCAAAGCAUUCACACGCUAUAAUUGGGAAUAAUGUGAUUUAGAAUUUAGGCUUGCUCGUUUCUUGUCAUCUUGUUUGUUGUCAUCUUUUAUGAUCAGCAAAUAAUAAGUUAAGGCCCUCGAUUUAUCAGA